UGACUCAUACAAGAUGUGACCCCCGAUAUCUAAGAUGCUUGAGUCACAAUGCCCAGUACGGUACACUCUGGAUUUUUUUUUUAAGUCAAACAGAUUUGGCAUUAAGCCCUCCUUUGGCACUUUUUUGCUCCAUGACCAAGGGUGAGGGGUUCAACCUGCAAACGUUGCUUGUCUCCUCGCAAACGGGGAGAUCGCUCCAUUGGCUGAGAAAUCGCCAGGGCUAAAGAUAACGCAGGGUGUCCAAAAAUGCAGCUUUUCACUGUAAUGACCCCCCAAAAUCAUCAUAUGAUUAUAUUACUAUACCAGCUCAGAAGUUUACGCCUUAACAACGAACAUCUUUUGAAAACGAUCCUCCUGCCCGUUACCUUUAUGCUUCACUGGCUUUGAGGGUUUUGAUGAAUACAUUUAAUUUUUCAUGUUUUUUUUUCAGACAACAUGUACCAUGUUCAAUCAAAGGGACCGAAACAAAAGCAAAAGUAAAACUAAAAAUGUGUUCUUCCAAAGGUGAAACACCAUUCGAGUUAGAAAGAAAGGACACCCAAUAUCGACCGGCUUGCAGAGGAAGGCGUGAGGCUCACCCAGCACUUGGCGGCUGCCCCCCUGUGCACCCCAAGCAGAUCUUCCUUCCUCACGGGGAGGCACUCCUUCAGAUCAGGCAUGGAAGCCCAUGAUGGGUACCGCGCCCUCCAGUGGAACGGGGGAUCGGGUGGACUCCCCGAGAAUGAAACCACGUUUGCAAGAAUCCUGCAGCAACAAGGUUAUGCAACCGGCCUCAUAGGGAAAUGGCACCAGGGCGUAAAUUGUGCAUCCCGCACUGACCACUGCCACCACCCACUGAACCACGGAUUUGACUAUUUCUAUGGCAUGCCUUUCACGCUCGUGAAUGACUGCGAGCCAGGCAGGCCCCCGGAAGUGGAUGCCAGCACGAGAGCGAGGCUGUGGUUUUACACCCAGGUGGCGGCAUUGGGAGUGCUGACCGUUGCUCUUGGCAAGAUUUGCGGGUUAAUCUCCGUGCCCUGGAAAGCGGUCCUGGGUGCGGCCAGCCUCGUCUUCCUCUUUUUUGUCUCCUGGUAUGCCAGCUUCGGGUUUGUGCGUCGUUGGAACUGUAUCCUGAUGAGAAACCAUGACGUCACUGAGCAGCCCAUGGUUUUGGAAAGAACCGCGCGUCUCAUGCUACAGGAGGCAGUUUCCUAUGUUGAAAGAAAUAAGCACGGGCCAUUCCUCCUCCUUGUGUCCUUGCUACACGUGCACAUCCCCCUGGUCACCACAAAACAGUUUCUCGGGAAAAGCCAGCACGGCUUAUAUGGCGACAACGUUGAGGAGAUGGAUUGGCUGGUAGGUGAAAUCCUUCAGGCCAUUGAAGAAAACGGUCUGAAAAACACAACAUUCGCGUAUUUUACCUCUGAUCAUGGAGGACAUUUGGAGGCAAGAGACGAACGUGGCCAGCUGGGGGGAUGGAAUGGAAUAUUCAGAGGUGGCAAAGGGAUGGGGGGCUGGGAAGGCGGCAUCCGCGUCCCGGGGAUCUUCCGGUGGCCUGGGGUGCUGCCAGCCGGCCGAGUGAUCCACGAGCCCACCAGUCUGAUGGAUGUCUUCCCCACCGUGGUCGAGCUGGGGGGCGGCCACGUGCCCCAGGACAGGGUGAUCGAUGGCCGUAGCCUGGUGCCCUUGUUGCAAGGGACUGCCGAGCACUCAGCACACGAAUUCCUGUUUCAUUACUGCGGGAAGUAUCUGCACGCAGCACGCUGGCACGAAAAAGACAGCGGAAGACUCUGGAAGGUUCACUACAUGACACCGCGAUUCCACCCCAAGGGGGCGGGGGCCUGCCACGGCCAAGGCGUGUGCCCCUGCUCCGGGGACGGCGUGACCCGGCACAGCCCGCCUCUGCUCUUCGACCUGUCCAGGGACCCUUCGGAGACGCGGCCCCUGUCCCCUGGCUCGGAGCCCCGGUACCACGUGGUGCUGGCGCGGGUGCACGAGGCGUUGGAACAGCACAGGAGGACCCUGAGUCCUGUGCCCCCCCAGUUUUCCCUGGGCAACAUCGUCUGGAAGCCGUGGCUGCAGCCGUGCUGCGGAACCUUCCCCUUAUGCGCGUGCAUGCAGGACGGAGACCCCAGCGAGGCGUGACCUCACCCUCGGCCACGGUGCCCGUCAUCCAACACAGGUUGGCGACGGGGUGCAGAGAAAGGAGCGCUCGUGCACCGUUGCUGGGAAUGCAGACUGGUGCAGCCACCCUGGACAACAGGAAGGCAGUUCUUCAACGAGUUAAAAGCAUACACGCCCUACAGUCUAGUGAUCGCGGCGUUGCAUCCACACGACUCCUGAAACAGAAUGCUACGGGCACCAGGGACAGUCACAACAAAGUUUAUUACAAUGAGAGGCAAGGCCGACUGAUCGGGACCAACACUCUUGAUAAGAGUGCGGCCCCGAACAGCCGGGGUACAGAGUUUUUAAAGCCGAUCACAUCGUUUUAUCGUUAUCUGGGAACAGAACAGAGAAACAGUUCCCAGAUGAGUCAGAAACAGUUAUCGAAUGAGGUGAUUAUUUUAGACUUUCUGCCUCUAAGUUGCAACCAGCGGAUCUCCUUGACCUUGUCUCUGAUGCUCUUUUUUUGAGCUUUUGUUUCCUUCAUUGGUAAAGCCUGAUUCACAAGAGUAUGAAGUGUGAUUUACAAGAGUAAAAGAGCGUAAGACUGGCUGCCAGGGUCUGGGGGAGACGGGCAGGGGGGUGGUCGGAGGGCAUGAGCUUCCACUUGUAAGAGGUCUACGUUUUGCCCGCCUCACGGUCCACGUAGAUUAUAGCUCCUAAUACUGUGGUCUAUACUUGAACUCUGCAGAGAGCAGAUGCUUGGUGUCCUCACCGCGCACACAGGGGGCGAUCACGACUGCAGGUGGCAGCUGGGUUCAUGAACAAGACUGGGGUGCUCAUUUCACGAUGGACACGUGCAUUGAAUCGUCACGCUGUCUGUCCUCCGUCAAUACAUACAAUUUGAUGUGUCACUUCUACCCCAAGAAAGCUGGGAAAUAAACGUUUAAAUUUUU